CGUCAGCGUGUCUGUCUGAUCUGAUGGCGGAUGAUCUGAUGCUUCGCCGGCAGGGACGAUGAUGUAUGAUGACUCCUUCUGACCGGCAUCUGGCGCCUUCGCCAUCACCUGAUCCACGAACGCCAAGACAGGCGAGCUAUGGCAGCUUUGCUUCUCCAGCUUCUGCGACGUUGCGUUCACCCAGAUUCAUUCGGCGACGGGCAGCGUCGGCACUACAGCUCAAGCGCUCCGGCGACCUGACGCAGCAGCGUACUGACAGUGAGCAUGAUAGCUUCGUCGACGGAACGCUGCUAUGGACUCGCAGAAGCGAUGAUGCGUCACAGCCGCUAUGGUCGCCUGCGUUGACUUCGCCAUCUCUCGACAGUCGUCCGCGCUUCUCGCAGGCGUUCACGAGCGAGCCAGGCUCACUGCUACCAGAUAGAGAUGGUCCGCUCGCUCAGAGCAAGGCUGACGAGCAUGUGCAUUCGGACUCUGACUCGGAUUCACACUCUGAUGACGAGCACAAACCGAAUUUACGAGCGCGGGCAACGCGGAGGUCAAGACAGCUGGGCCUCGACGCCGGUCAGGCUGUUGAUAGCAUCUGGACACGAUUGAAGCUUGCGGCUUCAGUGCCCAAGCUCAGCGGCAUCCAAAAGAAUGUGCUCAAAUGCGUGGUCGCCUACUUUCUCGCGUCCCUCUUCACAUUUAUCGACCCAUUGGCAGUACUAGCUGCUGCGCCGUUUGAUAUCGAUCGCCUCGAUGGCAUGCACAUGGUUGCGACCAUUGCGACCUAUUACAACCCUGGCAAGACUGCCGGAGGAAUGAUUGAGGCCAAUCUGUUCAUGCUCUGGGCGACACUCUUCUCGCUGAUAGUCUGCGUAGGUAGCAUGGCUACUGCCGUACUGCUGAACGAUGACGAUCUCGAGAUUUUGUCACACGCACUGGUACUGACAUUCUGGCUAGCCGGUUCGAUGGGGCUUCUGGCAUGGACGCGCGUCAAGGUAGCCAAGCCUACCUUUGGCACUGCAUGCAGCAUGGUCGUGCUGAUCAACACAACCAUCAUCUGCAAGGAAGGCGCUGUGCACCUAGGCAUCUUUCAGACUCGCGUCAUUGCUCAAAACUUCUACAUGGCCUUUCUUGGCAUCGCCAUCUCAAACAUUGUCUGCUUCUGUUUGUUCCGAGGCAGCAGUGUGGCAAAGCUGCAGGGCGACAUCAACAAGACGCUAGACUCUUUCGCAAGGCUGGUAGAUAUGCUGGUGUCGAUCUUUUUGCUUGAAGAGCAGUUGAGAUCGAAUGACGAAUCACUCAAGCGUGCCGUCAAUGCGCAUCACGACUCGUUCGUUGCUCUUAAAAAGCGUCUGGACGAUGCAAAGAUGGAAUUUCAGGACGCGCGCAUUCAACGCACCCAUGUUGCAUAUGAUAGCAUCGUCGCUUCCAUGAAUCGUCUCGCUCAACAUAUUAACGCGCUGCGUACAGCCUGCACCUUGCAGGAUGCACAUCUAGAGCGUCAAGCAGAAGAGCACGGCGAGAGUGGCGCGGCUGGCUUUGACAGCUUCAGAGAGCAUGUAGGACCAUCGCUCAAAAAUCUCUCGUCUGUAAUGCGCAAGACUUUUCGUAGCCUCCGCACAUCCUUCCUGCGAUCCCGUGCUGCUCUUGCGGAAAAGGCGGCGCUUGUCGACGCCGAUGUCGAAGACGGCCUCGGAGCUGAUCAAAUCAAUCAACUCAAUCUUGAUUUGCAAGCAUCAUUGCGAGACUUUCAGAGAGAUCAUGCGCGUGCUCUACGACGACACUAUCGUCAUCACCCUUCCGAACAGCUGCAUCCAGCCCACGAAAACACUUUCGAGCUGUCGAUUGCACCUGCAUUCGACGUCAGCAGAUUGAACGAAGAGAUAUUUCUGGUCUUCUUCUUCAUUUACCAGCUUGAAGAGCUUGUCAAGGAGCUGGAGGCACUCAUCAAAAUCUUCGCAGAUAUUCGCAUAGAGGAGGAAGACAUCGAGCAUCGCGAGGCAGCUCGCCGACAACGCUUUGGCGUCUUCUUGCCCCUCGUCAGGCCAUUCUUCCGCUUGAUUCCCGCUACACGAUCUGGCAAGAAGCCAUAUCCCACAAGGUGGAGGACCCUCUGGGGCCGUUUCGUCACUCUGCUUCCGGUAGGGAAGAAUGCGCGAUCCAAUGGACUCAAGACAGCUGGCGAGCUUCGAGGACAGCGCCACAUCGAGGAGCGCGACGUCACUCUUAAAGGGAGAAUCAAACGUAUCAUAUGGCAGGUUGGCGUUGCACUACGCCGUCAUGACGUACGCUUUGCCAUCAAAAGUGGCAUCGGCGCUGGCUUGCUGGGCGCACCCGCAUUCAUCUUCUCGACGCGCGAUCUAUGGAUCAAAUAUCGCAUGGAAUGGGCCCUUGUCAGCUAUAUGGUUGUGGUGGCCACCACCGUAGGACAGACCACUUUCAACGCGUCAUGGCGUAUCGGUGGUACAAUUAUCGGCGUGCUCGUUGCAGCCGUUGCAUACCUACUGUUCCUACCGUAUCCGAUCUUGCUCGCCUUCUUUGGCGCCGUCUUCUCAGCACCAUGUUUCUAUUUCAUCGUCGUCAAGCCCACUUACGCCACUUCAGGACGAUUCGUUCUGCUCGCAUACAAUUUGACUUGCCUAGGAUCUUACAACACGCUAGACGAGAAUCCUAACGUAUGGAUGGUCGCAUUCAGGAGAGCGACGGCCGUCAUGAUUGGGACGAUCUGGGGCUUGAUCAUUACUGCGGUCAUCUGGCCAUACGAGGCCCGUCGCGAACUCCGUAAAGAUCUCGCUACGCUGCUUCUCAAUGCUGCUUUUCUCUACGAGCAGCUCGUGCAGACGUAUUCGAAGCCGUCUUCGGUACCGCUGAUCCAGGAGCAUGCAAACGGAUUCGAGGAGCCGACCGAAACCACAUCAUUACUGACAAAGGCUGGCGCGAGACAUCUCAAGGCAAUGACGGACGACUUUGCCGAGCUUGAGCUGAAGCUGCAAGUCUCGCUCAUCCGUAUCGGUGCUCUGCUAUCCCAGACAAAGCAUGAGCUGCGACUGAAGGGACCCUUCCCGAUGAAAGCAUACGCACAAAUCAUUCAGAAAGUGCAGAUCUUGCUCGACUCCCUGCAUUCGAUGCGAAUGGUCACACUGCGCGAGGGCUGGUACACGAGUGUGCGACGAGAAUUUAUCCUGCCGGCCAAUGCUGAACAGCGCGAGAUGGUUGGCAACAUCAUCUCGUAUCUGUAUCUAUUGGCAAGCGCAGUCUCCCUAAAGCUGCCUCUGCCAGCCUAUCUGCCUCCGGCAGCAGCUGCUCGUCAGCGUAUGGUAGACAAGAUCAGCACGCUGCCGGUCGUCCGCCGUCGUGCAAUACGCGGCUCAUCUGUCUACUUGCUCUUCUCGACAUAUGCACUCAUGCAUGGCUCCAUGAUCGAUCAGAUGCAAGGUAUUGGCGAACUUUUGCAGUCGCUCUUUGGCAUCAUUGCGCACGACUCGGUCGCAGAAUUCGACGCCCUCUUUGACACGACUGAGGACGCCAACGGCAAUCUAGGUACCGAGUGCAACACCGAACCAGAUGCACGAGAGACCAGUGAUGGCGAAGAAUCAUCAGAGGCAGAUCUGUAAUCGUCAUGUUGUCGUUUGAUGUUCGCUGCAUUGUAAAUUACUCAGUGCUUCAUUCCUCAUAGCGCGUAAAGGUGCAUCUUAUCAUGCGAUUGCACAUGGAAAGUUACAACUCUGAAAAGCGAAAGAGGACAAACAUAAGCGGGCAAGCUUAAACACCGAAGCCGUAGAGAGUUCGGCCUUGU